CACAUUCCACCAGUGACUCUCUGUUGUGAUCGCCUUGCUUCCAGAAACGGACGUGCUUUUGGAUUUAGCAGCCGGUGCUUGGUCCAGCGAUGUUGUGAAGACCUGAUCCGGUAAAGGGAGGACUGAGCCAGCAGCAGACAGGAGAUGGAGGGACGCUCAAGUUUUUCCUCUGGGAUACAGUCACUAAGAUAACUGGAGUUAAUGUGAGACCGGCAAUACAGAGAUGUCAAUCCCUUCCAGUUAGCGACAACUCUACAAUGAUGGGGAUAUAAAGGAGAGUCUGCAGCUCUCCUCUCAGGGACAGUCUUCUGCAGCCCUUCUCUGGUCACAGGCCUGCCUGGCAUCUCUCAUCCAUACCAUUCCUCUUUCCAUCCACCCAUCCUUCCCCCUGUCAUGAAAGGCCUGUCCAGUAGUCGGAGUCACCAUCACGUGGUCUCCUAUGAACCAUCAUAUGAUCUACUGGGUCACCAUGUGGACCGCAAGCCAUAUUUAAUCAGUCAGAAUGACAUGCCUGUGCCCAUUCCCAUGCCGCAUCCAGCUGAGCUGUCCUACUACAAUUCUCAGCGUACCCCGUACCCCUCCGACAGCAACAGCAUCGUCCCAUACGGAACCUUCCCAAGGAGGUGCCACUCCACCUCCUCAUCUCACCAUCCUGAGGUAAAGGAUGAGUGUAUGGCCAUGGUACCAUAUAUAGGAGGAGGAGGGGGAGGAGGAGGAGGAGGAGGAGGAGGUGGAGGAGGCUAUGGAGGUAAAACUCCAACCCGGGUACCAGCAAACUUUGCGGACCCGUUUGAGCGUCAGCCGUCAUUUCCCAGAGAUGGCUACCAUACACUACAGUACAAACGAGGAGUGCUGGCCCACAGUGGGGGGAUGGGGGCCAACAACAACAACAAUGACAGCCCAGGGAGAAUUCGGCACCUGGUCCACUCAGUCCAGAAACUCUUCACCAAGUCACAUUCAUUGGAGGGGCCGCACCACACACAGCCCUCAAAGGGGGCCAAUAAUGGGAGCGUUAAUGGUGGUGGUGGUGGCGGAGGAGGUGGUGGUGGUGGUUCACGGGCCAGCCCAGAGGGUGAAACUCCACCAGUGGGAGUGCGCCAACGGAAGCGCAGCAAGAGCCGUGAGCGCUGUCGAUCAGCGGAGCCCAAGCAUCGAAGCCACCACCACCACCAGCUCCACGGCUCAGCGUCUGCUCCAGGCUCCGGAUAUUGGAGCUCAGAUGACAACCUGGAACGGGAGCUGUGUCUCUACCACCCUCACCACCACCAACCUCCACCCUCACCUUCACCCUCCAUUUCCCCCUCGCCCAUCGCCAUGACAAUGGGCCGGUAUCCCGGCAACAACCACGACAAGUUUCCCCAGACUCCCCUCCCCAGUCUCUCCUCCUCGCAGUCCCAGCAGUACUUCAUGAUGGACCCUUACAGCACACUCAACGAGCACACACACACCCAUGCACACCAUGGCCACACACACCACCAUUCUGCACUCAAAGCCUCCCGGAGCAACAACGAUGUGAAGUAUGCAGCGUCGUCGGCAUGUGUGCCAGUUAGUGGUAGCAGCAAUAACAGCGGUGGCGGUCUCGUUGGAGGAAGUGGCCCCUUGAUGCCACUGGGUCUUGUGGACGGGCCCCUUGUGAAGAAAGGGGCAUGGUCAUCAAGCCUAACGGUGAGCAGGGCCCGAGAGGUCUACACCAACAACAGCAGCCACAACCACCUACGAGCCAGCGCAGGAUCCGGUAACCUAAACCUAGAUAGAGCUCUAUUCAAAUCUAAGGCCAGUCAGCAGCAGGAGCGCUCUUGCCAUUUCUUACAGGUACCCCAGGAUGAGUGGAGCGGCUUCUCUCCGCUGGGGAAGGAGGACGAUAUCCCCUGUCGGAGGAUGAGGAGCGGCAGCUAUGUCAAAGCCAUGGCUGAGGACGACAGCGGAGACUCCGACGGGAGUCCCAAACCCUCCCCCAAAGUCCAGGCACGCCGAGCCAGCUACCUGAAAGCCACACAGCCGUCACUGACUGAGAUGACCACUCUACAGAUUUCGACGGAGCACUCCCCUAAACUGCAGAUCAGGAGCCACAGUUACCUGCGUGCGGUGAGUGAGGUUUCAAUCAAUAGAAGCGUGGAUACCCUGGACCCCAAAACCCUCCUCGACCCCAAAUCGCUGCUGUCCUCACCCCAAUACCGCUCACGCAAUGAAAGCUACAUGAGGGCCAUGAGCACCAUCAGUCAGCUGAGCGAGGUGGAGUUGAACGGGCAGAUCGAGCAAGUUUGUGAGCAGGUCUACAGUGCGUUGCAGGCCCAGGCCAUGGAGGCUGCCAUGGACAGCAUGGAGACCAUGGACACCCUGCCUAUGCCGGGGUGCUUCCGGAUGCGGAGCCACAGCUAUGUGCGGGCGAUUGAUCAGGGCUGUUCAGGGGAGGAGGAGGGAGAAGGAGGGAGGCCGCUGCUCAUCCUGCCUUCCUCCCCACCGCGUACAUCCGCCACCACCGUCAGGACCAUCCAGAGCAGCACAGUUUCAUCUUGCAUCACCACCUAUAAGAAAACCCCUCCACCAGUGCCGCCCCGAACUUCAACCUGCUCCACAGCCUCCAAGCCUUACAUCUCCAUCACAGCCCAGAGCAGCACUGAGUCUGCACAGGAUGCAUACAUGGAAGAGGAGGGACCCAGAGGUGACAUGACCAUCCAAUCAGGGCUCAGUAACUCAACAGAAAGCAUUGACAGCAUGAAGGCCCUGACAGCUGCAAUAGAAGCUGCAAAUGCACAGGUCCAUGGACCAGCCAGUCAGCAUGUCAGUAACAGCACCAUGACAGUCAGCACCCCCACCCCCUCAAUCCUGAGCAGGGGGCCAGUUGUUGAAAACCACCGGGAUGUAUACAGGAAAGAAGCACUCAGGAAGGGCAAAUGUCUUUCCAUAGGCAUCCAGGUGGAUGGACCAGAAGAGGUUCCAGAUCCAGAGGACCCAUCCAAGUUCACCUCGGUAGGGGUGCAAGUAGAGGAUGACAGAGGGUAUCGUCGGUUCCAGCGCUCCAACAGCGUGACAGCAGCUGUACAGGCAGAUCUGGACAUGCCAGACCUGCUGGACACCCCUUUAGACUCCCCGGACACUGACAUGGAAGUCCUGUCAUCUGGUGCCAUCUCUCGACAAUACUCCCGCGAUGCUGCCACCUCUACGGUCAGCAUCCAAGGCUCAGGGAACCACUACCACGCCUGUGCCUCCGACGACUUUGACGAUGUGGGCUUUGACCCAUCCAUCCUCCCCCCUCCAGAUCCCUGGAUAGACAGUGUAACAGAUGACUCACUUGAUGUCAACUUCAACAGCUCUGCUAUUCUGGAGGCGGUGCAGCGGUCGGUGUGUCACAGAGAUGGACGCUGGUUUCUGAAGCUGCUGCAGGCCGAGACUGACCGCAUGGAGGGCUGGUGUCGACAGAUGGAGCUAGACCAACGGGAGAAUGACCUGCCUGAAGAUAUCCUCGGCAAGAUGAGGAGUGCUGUAGGAAGCGCUCAGCUUCUGAUGUCCCAGAAGUUUCAACAGUUCAGGGAGCUGUGUGAGGAGAAUCUGAACCCCAACGCCCACCCUCGUCCGGUGGCCUCAGACCUGGCGGGUUUUUGGGAUAUGCUUCAGCUGUCCAUUGAGAACAUAAGCCUCAAAUUUGAUGAGCUUCACCAGCUCAGAGCCAACAACUGGAGACCCCUGGAUCCCCCUGAGAGAAAGGAGAGGCGGCUCCCACCUCCAGUGCCAAAAAAGCCUCCCAAGGGCCCCCACCACCACCCCCCUCUGGCCAGAGACCGCUCCCUGGAGAGCUCAGAGAAACAGCGGCAGGAGGCCAGGAAGCGCCUGUUGGCCGCCAAGAGAGCCGCAUCCGUACGGCAAAACUCAGCUACGGAGAGCGCUGACAGCAUCGAGAUUUACAUCCCCGAGGCUCAGACAAGGCUAUGAGGACACUACCAGGGACACACACACAGGGUUGACUUGCAGUACACAUACACACUAUACACAACGCAAACACAAAAAUGAAUGGUUGUCCACGCCAAGGUACGGGGUGUAACCGAAAAUAUGAAUACUUUAUUUAGAUAUGCCCAGAUCAUGCGGGAAAAAAAUUGCAGUAAUAUUCUUCUUAGUCAUAACUCAUAAACACAGAGACAUCCUACACAACUUGCUACACUCAGCACAAUUCAAUCUUUACAGUGGUGUUUGUAUUUCUGAUAUUAAAAAAGGCGCUCCUUAUAACUUCUUUUAUUUUAAUCUGGUCCUCAUUGCAUCCACACAAAAAAAAUGCAAUAGAGCUAUUUUGGCCUGUUUCUUUAAUAGUUUUCUCAUUUUUCAUCAUGGACACAUUUUAAACCAACUUUCAAAUCCAUCUGAGCCUAACUCCCAUUUAUAAAACACCAUCCAUUUUAAAAUCAGGCAAUAUGGCCUAAGGCAAUUCUAACUUGUUUUUUUACCACUAAACUCAGCAUCAUGAUAGAUGAAGUUGGGUUUGGUCAGAAGUGUGUGUCUGUUACACCAGUGAUGUCACAGGGCCACAAAUCGACAUUUUGUCAGUAGAACCAUUGCAGUGCAGCGCGAUCCAGAACAGCGCAACAUGUUUCUGUGGGCAGCUUCAGUGUUGAAUGCAGCGAAGACGGCUAUCAUGUAUUGAAAAAAAAUAUCUGUAAUAAUGUUGAGGAGUUACAAAACGAAAAUCUGUAGAUAGGAAAAAACAUGAACCACAAGCAUAUGACAGAUUCAAAUAUCAAUAUCAACCCUUCCCAAGAUACGGACAUUGGCUUUAUGUUACACCCUUACCAACCUAUGUGCAUUUGACUUUCCAAGACCCUAGAUACCGUACCCUUCAGUGGGGAGCAUCAGUUGGCCAUGGCCCGAGAGCUGUCCAAACCUCUAACACACCAAGACUUUUACAGUGUAGACCCAUUAUUUAGACAUGUACCUGUAAUGUUGGAACACUACCUUUAAAUACAUGUGUCUAACUUCUAAUAUUGAGGCCAACCGUCACGCUUUAUAAAGCCGCAACUGCAGCUAUGUUACAGUGGUUCUCCAUAUUCUGUGUAAUCCACCCUAGAUUGAGCUGAAUCAAAAUACAAAUUAUUUAAAAAUGUCUAAUAACUUGGAGGUCUCAUUGUCCAUCUGCUGAGGAAGAUCCCAAAAGGACGUCAUCACAGUGUCAAGCGCAAAGGCUCCGCAAAUUAUCAGUCAUCGUAUCAAACCUGUCACACAAAAGAUAGAGUUGUUUGAGAGAGAACAGGGAGGCAGUGGUGUACAGCCAGGAGGAGGCUAUGAUGUCAGGCUUUCAACACGUCAUCAUAAAUAAACGACAGAAUACGUUGAUGCCAAUGACUCACAAAACAACAUAUAUGACCGUUUUAUUUAAUGCUGUGAAACGGCCACAUGGUGGCCAUUUUGAAUAUGUGACCAAAACACAUGACCAAAACACGUGACCAAAACACGUGACCAAAACAUGUGACCCCGGUGGCAUUUUUAAUCGAGUGACUGUCAGUACCCGAUCCGUUCCACCUGCACAAUCCGUU